CGCAACUUUGCUAUAUUCCAGCACCCGUGUCCUAAUAAUGGCAGAACAAAAGCAGUUUUGCUGCUGUCAGAUAGAGAUCGAGUGCAGCGGUUUAGAGGUUCAGUUAUUCCAGACCUGCUGGAGCUGCUGAGACUUUGGCGUCAGCCUCACUUGCGAUCCAGACUCGGCACGAUGACGGCAUUGAACAAUAUGAAACAUGCCGCGGCACAGCUACUGCUGCUGGCUACUGCUGUCUCGGCCGGCUUUCUGCCAACAUUCGAUUUCUUUGCCACUCACGGUCCACUAGUGCCUCAGUUCUACCAUGUAUACCCCAAUCCGGUGGUGGCGACACCGGUUGUGGACCAAGGCAGAUCCUCAGCGACUCUCCCUUGCCCCUCGGAAGGAUUCUUUGCACACCCCACUAACUGCUCCCGAUUCUACAGAUGCGUCGACUAUGCAGGCACCGGACAGUAUUUCAGCCCAUAUGAAUUCCAGUGUCCGGCAGGUCAAGUGUUCCUGGCUGUGGGAAAGAACACGUGUGUCCCUGGAAACUGUCCAGGGAGUUCAGGCCUCGUGAGCCAAGUUCCUCCGUCGGGCUACGACCCCCACCAGCAAAUUUUCAUGGAUGUCCCUACGCCUGCGGGAGCUGUCAUCCCGAUAGACGGAACAGUGGCGGUGCCUGUAGGAGGUGGAUCCGCUGUUGUACCUGUCGGUGGGGCUUAUCCGCAGCCUGGACAAGUUGGCGCUCAACCAGGACAGGUUGGACAAAUAAGUGGACCCGUCUCAGCUGCUGGAGCACAAACUGGUUUAUAUCCUCAGCCAGGUGGAUCAUCUCCCUCUGUGGGUACAGUACCCGUCGGAUCCUUCCCACCAGCAGGAUCUGCUUAUCCACAACCUAGUGGAUCAUCUCCACCGGUGGGUACAGUUCCAGUCGGAUCCUUCCCACCAGCAGGGUCUACUUACCCUCAGCCUGGGUCAGCGGGAGCCAUCGGAUCGCCUGAAGGUGGUCCGUCUAACACUGUCCCGGUCCCAGUGACGGUCGGCGUAGUACAACCACAACCAGGCGCGGGAGAAGGAGCCUACCCGCCUCCAGGGGCAGCAGGAGCGACCGGCACUACUAGUGUUGGCCCAGGGGCAACUUACCCGCCACCUGGUGGCGAUGGCGGGGCAGCUGCUGGAGGCAGUGGUGAUGCUACUGAAGGCAGUGGUGCUGCUGCUGGAGGAGGAGCUUAUCCUGGAGCAGCUGCUGGAGGGGCUUGCCCCGCUCGAUACGUGCAAAGCGCCACGUACUGCAACGUGUACGAGCCGUGCCCCAAGGAGGGCAUCCAGUACGUCUGCGUCACGCUCAACGGCCAAGAGCUCGUGUUCGACCAAGCUAGGCAAAUGUGCACCUACAGAGACCAGGUCGACGUGUGCAACGGGAAGGCAAUGUUGCCAUCUCUGUUCCGCUCCACCCUGAAUGUGUUCGACCAGCAACCAACUCUGCAGGAACUGAGCGUACCCAUCGCCAUCAACAACCAAGAUUUGCCAGUAUUCUACACAGCUCGAGAAUUUCAGCCCUUCUUCUCAGAACAAGUUUUCCCAUCUUUCUCCCCAGGGCAAGCGUUCCCCACUUUUGAUCAAAACUUCAACGUGCAAGCUGUAGGUUCACCUAACCACGGAACAGCAUUCAUCGCCGGCCCAAGUGCAUUCUUCAGGCGUUAAACAAUUCAAGUGUUCAAAAAUGACUGGGUAUGCAAAAUUUUACCAGCCAUGUUUAUUUUCAUGGCCAAUACUAAUAUGUAAAUUUAA